UGAAUCUCUACACCCCUUUGUUCUCCUAAUCUAGACCACUUGUACUCUUCAACUUGAAAAGAAGGAGUGCAUGGUGUUGUCUCUAUUUUAAUGUGAAGCAUUUUUUUUUUUGUCGAACUUCGUUUCUUUCUUUAAUAUUUAUUCCAUACCACUUAAUUAGACACAUAAUAUAAUAAUGAGAUUUGUUCAUAUAACAAUUGCAAUUUCUACUCUAGCGCUCUUUGUCAAUAAAGCUAUUUGCCAAUCCGAAGGUAUAAAUGUCCCAACAGCAGCAGCCGCAGCGGCGGGCGCCUCAACUUAUUCUUGUGAUCCACAAGUAUGUAAACUUGCGAAUGGGUGUUUAUGCGCCUCAAAAAACCCUCCCAACGGUCUUUCACAGGCUGAUACGCCGCAAUUUGUUACCGUAACAUUUGAUGAUUCUAUUCAACCACAAUUAUACAAGACAGCAAAAAGAAUGUUGAACGUUACAAAUCCUAAUGGAUGUCCCGGCCGGGGUACAUGGUAUGUCUCUAUGCAAUAUACAGACUUUUCACUGGUACAACAGUGGUAUUCUUCCGGCAAUGAAAUUGCAGACCAUACAUUUACUCAUGUUGGAACUCCUUCUGAUCAGGAAAUUACGAGCUGUAGAGAAAUGUUGAAUACAUAUGGUGGUGUUCCCAAUGGAAAAAUUCAGGGAUUUCGUGCACCCUUCUUAAAUUAUACAAAGGAAACUCUAAACCGUCUAUCCAAGUUAGGCUUUUUAUAUGAUUCUAGUGCAAGUGCAUUGCAAGAUGAUGCUUACUGGCCAUACACACUUGAUUACGGUAUGGCAAAUGAUUGCUGGACCGGUAUCUGUGGCGCCGGACAAUCAAAAAUUCCAGGCCUUUGGGAAAUUCCAAUGUACGCUGUUCUCGAUAAUACAAGUGCCCCUCAAUUAAUGGAUGUUUACAUCGCUGGUCAGCCAAAGGAUGUGGAAGAUUGGAGUCUCAAAACAUUUAAUAAGCACUAUACCGGUGGAAGACAGCCAUUUGGUAUUUACGUUCAUCCAACUCAUCUUACAGGUUAUCCUGGUUUACCUGAUCCUGCACCAAAAUUAGAUGGUUUGGUUUCUCUGAUAAAAAAGUUAUCAGACAUGCCUGAUGUGUGGUUUGUAACCAAUCAACAGUUGCUUCAAUGGAUGAAAAAUCCAGUAAAAGCUUCCGAGUUAGGCAAACAAGAUUAUAUGCGGUGUGAACAACCCGUUAUUGCUAAAGAAAUUUGCAACGGUCUAGAUGACGAUGGCAACCAAAAUGUAGAUGAGGGUCUUAUGAAUAGCUGUAAUUUUGGAACUACUACAUUUAAUACAUGCUUCAAUUGUCCAAAUACAGCCCCUACUCUAAGUAUGCCCACACCUGCUACAGGCGCACAAAACGGAUCUGCCGCAUUUAGAUACCCUAUUCCUAACAACUGCGAUACUAAAUGGUGGGAUCCUAUUGGAAAUGCAUGUCUUUGCACCACAAAUGAUUGUCUAUACAAAGAUACUGCUGUUCCUGUUAAUCGCACCGCUAAUGGUAAUGGUGUUAUUGCCAAUGGAACUGGGUCAGCUAGUGAUGCAAAUAUGCAGAUUAUCCGUUGGGAAACUACAAUUAUUGUUUCUGCUUUUACUGUCGCUUUAUUAUUGUAAAAAAGAAAAGAAAAAAGUUUAAUAAAAAACAACAGCAGAAAUGGCUGAACAAAUAAA